CAAGAUGAACUCAUGGAUAUACGCUCCCUGUCCCACUGGGUCUGUUCUUCCAGGAUUUCUGAUAGUAAGAGAGGAGAGAAGUCUGAGACCAUGAACUACGUGGGCCAGUUGGCGGGCCAGGUGUUUGUGCAGGUGAAGGAGCUGUACCGGGGCCUGAACCCGGCCACCCUGUCGGGCUGCAUCGAUGUCAUCGUGGUGCGUCAGCCUGACGGCACCCUGCAGUGCUCGCCAUUCCACGUUCGCUUCGGCAAGAUGGGUGUGCUGCGCUCCCGUGAGAAAGUGGUGGACAUAGAGAUCAAUGGAGAGCCUGUGGGUCUACAAAUGAAGCUGGGGGAGAACGGAGAGGCCUUUUUCGUCAAGGAGACAGAGAACACACGGGAAGGGAUUCCGUCCUACCUGGCAACGUCACCUAUAGUGUCCCAGGGGGUGGAGCUAAUGGAAGCCCAGCUGGGGAAGGGCAUGUAUCGCCUCUCUGACCCCGCCUCCCUCUCGGUCCAGACCCUGAGCUCCCAGCAGACCAUAGGAGGAGUAGGAGGAGGGAUGACGAUGAAAAAGAGGAGGAAGAGGAGGAAGAAAGCGCGGGAGAGCGGAGGAGGGAGGCGGGAAGAGAGUGGGGAGCACUCAGAGGAUGAGGACAUGUUCACCAUCGAUAUGAGCACUGAUGAGGAGCAAGAGCACGAUAACAACUCCAGCAGGGCCUCUACUCCAGAGUUUGAUGAAGAGCAGGGGCCUAAGGCCAGUGUGUUGAGCAGCACCUACACCCAGAACACAACAUACACACACCCUGACACAGACUGGACACACUCGCAGAGCGGUGGUCUGUCCAUCUCCUGUCCACAGCAGACUUCUCUCUUCCCUUCUCCGAUCAGCAGCCCAGGUGGAUCCAGCCCCUCCACUCCAAAGAGUGACUCAGAGCUGACCAAUCAGAACAAAGACAACCCUGAGAUGAUGUGGGCCUGGGGAGAGCUGCCACAAGCUGCCAAGCCCUCCUUCUUCCCUCCGUUCCAGAUGCAAGAUUCUUUGAUGAUGUCCCCUGUCACCAUCCCUGUGUGUGACAGCACACACUUCAGAACCAUCACUGAUCAGAUCCAGUCCCAGAGCCAAAAAGACAGCGCCCCCCCGUCCCUCACCCUGUAUGUUCCACAGCCCGAGGACAACAUAGCUGGGGCCGGGUCUGGGGCCGGGUGUGGGGCCAGGUCUUGGCCUGGAGGAGACAUGGAGGAAGUAUGGGCAGCCUGUAGAGAGGUGGAGGGACUGGUGGCCUCCAGGAUGCUGUCAGAACUGGAUGAGAGGUGCCAUAGGGACAACACGGUCAGACACACAGACUCCCCAUCUAAGAGGAAAGACAAGAGGAGCCACCACCUGGGCUCUGAUGGAAUCUACCUGGAUGACAUCACUGAGUUGGAUCCAGAUGUGGCCGCUCUCUACUUCCCCAAAAGUGACGGGGGCGGUUCGGUGAGAGGUGGCUUGGAAACGGGAGUGCGGAGUGCCAACCAAUCCCCUCAAUCGGUGGGCAGCAGUGGGAUGGACAGCGGCGUGGACAGCUACUCUGACCAGCUGGGAGACAUGCCCAACAUCGCCAUCUCCCUGUGUGGAGGUCUCACUGACAACAGAGAGAUCACAAGAGAACAGUUUGAGGAGAGAGCCAUCUCUUACCAGCAGUUCACUGAGAACCCCUCCAUCAUUGACGAUCCCAACCUGGUUGUCAAGAUAGGAACCAAGUACUAUAACUGGACCACUGCAGCCCCUCUGAUGCUGGCUAUGCAGGUGUAUCAGAAGCCCCUGCCAAUGGCCUCAGUGGAGAACAUCAUGAAGGAGAAGAUGCCCAAGAAAGGAGGCCGCUGGUGGUUCUCAUGGCGCAGCAGGAACAGCGACUCCAAAUCGGACUCAGUGUCUGAGACAGGAGUUGGAGAUGAGGGUGACACCUCUCUCAGCAUGGCUUCAGUCAACGGAAUGAAGGAGGAGUCUUCCUCCAGCGAUGAGGACCACAGAUUGUCCAAUCAGGGCUCAGAAUCCUGCAACGCCGAGCCCCUUCUCACACCCGGUAGUGUGUGCUACAGGAAGACCCUCAGACUGACCCCAGAUCAGCUGGCCAGUCUGCAGUUGAAGGUGGGUCCUAAUGAGGUGGUGUUCAGUGUGACCACUCAGUACCAGGGCACCUGCCGCUGCCAGGGCACCAUCUACCUCUGGAGCUGGGACGACAAGAUCAUCAUCUCAGACAUUGACGGCACCAUCACCAGGUCGGACACCCUGGGCCACAUUCUUCCCACGCUGGGUAAAGACUGGACGCAUCAGGGCAUUGCCCGCCUCUACCACCGAGUCAGCCAGAAUGGUUAUAAGUUUAUGUACUGCUCAGCGAGGGCCAUAGGUAUGGCUGAUAUGACGAGGGGGUAUCUACACUGGGUCAACGAAAGAGGAACCAUGCUGCCUAUUGGACCUGUCCUACUCAGCCCCAGCAGUCUGUUCUCAGCUCUGCACAGGGAGGUGAUAGAGAAGAAGCCUGGGAGGUUUAAGAUCCAGUGUCUGACCGACGUGAAGCAGCUGUUCCACCCCAACACUGAGCCUUUCUACGCAGCCUUCGGCAACAGAGCCACGGAUGUGUAUUCCUAUAAGGAGGUGGGCGUUCCCCUAAACAGGAUCUUCACAGUCAACCCCAAGGGAGAGCUGAUACAGGAACACGCUAAGACCAACAUCUCAUCGUAUGGUGGUCUGUGUGAGGUGGUGGACCACGUCUUUCCCCUGUUGAUCAGAGGCCACGUCUCUGACGUCUCCUGCCCUGACACCUUCAGGCAGUUCACCUACUGGAGAGAACAGCUGCCCCAGGUCCACCUCCCUGACCAGGUCCACCUCCCUGACCAGGUCCACCUCCCUGAUCAGGUCCACCUCCCUGACCAGGUCCACCUCCCUGACCAGGUCCACCUCCCUGACCAGGUCCACAUCCCUGACCAGGUCCACAUCCCUGACCACCCACAGGUCCACAGCCCCAAGUCCACAGCUCCGACCAGCCCCAAGUCCACAGCGCCAACCAGCCCCUGGACAAAAGCUGAGGAGACCCAACACCACAUCAGACCACCCCAGGAGUGAGCUGUGUGCAAUCACGGAAGGAAAGGGAGAGACACGCUCAAACUCAUGAUGAUGCAGGCAUGCAAAUGCAAGAAGCAUGUAUCUGCUCUAAUGCACACACACACACACACACACACACACACACACACACAGCUAUGCAGAGGCAGACCUUGCACUAGUGAAAGUGUACGUGCUACAACAACAGGCAUGUUAGCACUGAGUGGUAUUUAUAUGUAGUCAUCAUUUAUAUUUAUGUUUUACUCUUCAGUGUUGUUUUCUCUGCAUUACCUAGCCUACUCAUACACGGCCUACUGUUCAUCAGGUGAAAUAGGUACAUUACCUAGCCUACUCAUACACGGCCUACUGUUCAUCAGGUGAAAUAGGUACAUUACCUAGCCUAGUCAUACACGGCCUACUGUUCAUCAGGUGAAAUAGGUACAUUACCUAGCCUACUCAUACACGGCCUACUGUUCAUCAGGUGAAAUAGGUACAUUACCUAGCCUACUCAUACACGGCCUACUGUUCAUCAGGUGAAAUAGGUACAUUACCUAGCCUAGUCAUACACGGCCUACUGUUCAUCAGGUGAAAUAGGUACAUUACCUAGCCUAGUCAUACACGGCCUACUGUUCAUCAGGUGAAAUAGGUACAUUACCUAGCCUAGUCAUACACGGCCUACUGUUCAUCAGGUGAAAUAGGUACAUUACCUAGCCUAGUCAUACACGGCCUACUGUUCAUCAGGUGAAAUAGGUACAUUACCUAGCCUAGUCAUACACGGCCUACUGUUCAUCAGUGAAAUACAGUGCCUUGUAAAAGUAUUCACCCCCCAUUGGCUUUUUUCCUAUUUUGUUGCACUACAACCUGUAAUUUAAAUGUAUUUUUAUUUGGAUUUCAUAGUCCAAAUUGGUGAAGUGAAAUGAAAAAAAAUACUACUUUAAGAAAAGUGUGCUAUGAAGCCCCUAAAUAAGAUCUGGUGCAACCAAUUACCUUCAGAAGUACCAUAAUUAGUUAAAUAAAGUCCACCUGUGUGCAAUCUAAGUGUCACAUGAUCUGUCACAUGAUCUCAGUAUAUAUACACCUGUUCUGAAAGGCCCCAGAGUCUGCAACACCACUAAUCAAGGGGCACCACCAAGCAAGCGGCACCAUGAUGACCAAGGAGCUCUCCAAACAACCAGGAUGAAGUUGUGGAGACGAAGUACAGAUUAGGGUUGGGUUAUAAAAAAAUAUCCAAAAUGUUGAACAUCCCACUGAGCACCAUUAAAUUCAUUAUUAAAGAAUGGAAAGGAUAUGGCACCACAACAAACCCGCCAAGACAGGGCCGCCCACCAAAACUCACGGGCCAGGCAAGGAGGGCAUUAAUCAGAGAGGCAACAAAGAGACCAACGAUAACCCUGAAGAAGCUGCAAAGCUCCAUAGUGGAUAUUGGAGUAUCUGUCCAUAGAACCACUUUAAGCCAUGCACUCCACAGAGCUGGGCUUCACGGAAGAGUGGCCAGAAAAAAAGCCAUUGCUUAAAAAAAAAAAGCAAACGUGUUUGCUGUUCACCAAAAGGCAUGUGGGAGACUCCCCAAACAUAUGAAAGAAGAUACUCUGGUCAGAUGAGACUAAAAUUGAGCUUUUUGGCCAUCAAGAAAAACACUAUGUCUGGGGCAAACCCAACACCUCUCAUCACCCCGAGAACUCCAUCCCCACAGUAAAGCAUGGUAGUGGCAGCAUCAUGCUGUGUGGAUGUUUUUCCAUCGGCAGGAACUGGGUAACUGGUCAGAAUUGAAGGAAUGAUGGAUAGCGCUAAAUACAGGGAAAUUCUUGAGGGAAACCUGUUUCAGUCUUCCAGAGAUUUGAGACUGGUUCACCUUCCAGCAGGACAAUGAGUGAAUACUUAUUUCUUGUUUGUUUCACAAUGAAAAAUAUGUAGCAUCUUCAAGUGGUAGGCAUGUUGUGUAAAUCAAAUGAUACAACCCCCCCAACAAUCUAUUUUAAUUUCAGGUUGUAUGGCAACAAAAUAGGAUUAAUGCCAAGGGGGUGAUUACUUUCGCAAGCCACUCUAGGUACUACUUUUAGGCAAAAUAAGCACUGAUUCAGUUGCCUGCGGACUCAAACUGAAUUAAUCCUCUGCUGUAUGUUCUCUACAUACUUCAGUCAGACGGCCAUCGUUGAAAUAACUUGUGGUGACGUCAAAAUGAGGGGUGUUGUACAAAACAAAGUAAUCAGCAAUUGGAUCAUCUCUAACCAGAGUAUCAAAGCCAAUAACACAUUUUUAAAACACAGCUUUACCCACGUGUUCUUGCUCUGGCCCAACCCAUCGGUUUCUGGGACCAAUCAGAAUGGUUCAAAUGUUCAAAAGUUCUAGAAAUUGUCAGGAAGGUACUCAGAUCCCGACUCAUUGCAGAGAAGAAACUAACGGCGUGGCUUAGCGUUUAGCCAGAGCAAGGAGUUUGGGUAACCAGACAACUGAUAAAAGUACAGCCUACUGGGAAAAAUCACUGUGAAGUACAGUCUACCUGAAAAAAAUCACUGUGAAGUACAGUCUACCUGAAAAAAAUCACUGUGAAGUACAGACUACCUGGAGAAAUCACUGUGCAGUACAGUCGACCUGGAAAAAUAAUUGUGAAGUAGAGCCUAACAUUGAAACAGCUGAGUUUCACCCAGAUAACGUUGUCUGAUUAAUGGCAUUACUUUUGAUUGAAUCUCCUACAUUUUCAGAUCUAAUGUUCACAUACAUUUUAAGCGCUAAUGUUCACAUACAUUUUAAGUGCUAAUGUAAUAAAUGCUCAGCAAUACAAUAUUAUUAUUAACUUGCAAUGAAAAUAUUAUAGGACAUUACGAUAAUUUGUCAUUAUAAUUGAUAUAUAUACCACAGCUAAGGGCUGUUCUCAUGCACUACGCAACACGGAGAACUCUGACACAGCCCUUACCUUUGGUUUAUUGGCCAUAUACCACAAACCCCCGAGGUGCCUUAUUGCUGUUAUAAACUGGUUAGCAACGUAAUUAGAGCAGUAAAAAUAAAAUGUUUUGUCAUACACGUGGAAUAAGGUCUGAUAUACCAUGGCUGUCAGCCAAUCAGCAUUCAGGGCUCAAACCACUCAGUUUAUAAGAAGUUUUAAAUCAUGUUUCCUUUUGGGUUCCAUGUAGAACCCUUUCCAUAGAGGGUUGUACCUGAAACCAAACAUGGUUCUAUCUGGAACCAAAAGGGGUUCUUCAAAGGGUUCUCCUAUGGGGACAGCCAAAGAACCCUUUUUGGCUCUAGAUAGCACCUUUUUUCUAAAAGUGUAGUAGCAUUCCAUAUUAGGGUUUUAUUCUUCAGUUUCUUGUCUUGUUCUAUGUAAGGUAAAUAUGUUACUGAUCAACUGAACUAAGCCUGGUAACUAGUGUAGCUCUUCAGUUUAUUAACAAGGCACAGAGGGGGGUUUCCUCUCUCAUUGAUGUCUCUCACCCAUAGUCAACAAUAGUCCUUUAAUGCUAAUUUAACACUUCAGAAUAGACAUCUAAAACUGUCAUUACUCUGAUAAUAAGCAACGCAUGGAAACUCAGGUUGUUUCACUGUUUCUAUGGACAAUGACACAUAACGUAUCAUAUUCUCACUGCGUGCACUGUGCAGGGAAAUUGUCUUGGCUACUAUUAUGGUCACUGAAAAGCCUACUAGUCCUGUCGCAUCAGUCAGAUGUGUGACUGAGCUCUUUUUGGGGGGAGUAUUAUGUUGCAGACAAUAGAAAACAUGUUCUGUCAUUUGCUUUGGUUGUCCAUCAUCUUCAACUCUAACUGCGAGAUGAGAGAAACCUACUAAUUUAUUAACCAUUUCAUGAAUCUAUCAUUUUUAAGAAGCAGCUUGUGAACACGCUUGUAUUUGGCCUUUGAUUUUAUAUAUUGUAUUUAUGUGAUUGUUCAUAUUCAGAGUAUUUGUGUUUAUUCUCACUUUUGUAUAUAGUGUAAUGUUUUUUAGUGAUCUAAUUCAGAAACAUUGAUCUUGUCAGUCAUUGGCUGGCUUCUGGACUACAGUAGUUUGAUCUAAAAUGGCGAACAACAUUUUGCAUUGACUUCAGUGUCCACUGAAGCAAAGCCAUUGAGGAGUUAUACAACAGUAAAAAUGCAAUAUUCUACUAAAUUCUAGAAUCUAUUACUAAGAUACAAAUAACUUUAUAGAUUACAACACUGAUGUUCCUUGUAAUUUCAGCCAUUAGAAUUACCAAUAUCCUUGAAUAUUCUAAUCCUCCUCGAAGGGUUAAAAGCAAAAAGCACCGUCAGUCAGUGCAUCAGUCAGUCCAUCUUAUCUCUGUUGUUAUCAGAGCAGGUGGCAGUAUGUUUCUAGGAGUGGCAGCCAUGUAAUGUGUAUCUAAUGUGUAUAUGGUGCAAUUUCCAAUGUUAUCCUGUAUGUAGUAUGGAUGAGUUCAACAACUAAAAUGCAAGACGUCCUGUACUACCUGAAUGAAUCCUAACACUGUGGUAUCUCUCUCUUUUUCGUUUGAUCAUAUUGAUGACCAAUACAAACGUGAUCACAUCACUGUGAAGGAGAGAAGGUUCUCACUGUCCCUAUGGACCAUAUUGAUUUAAAUAAGUGUGAAUUUCUUGGCAAGAUGUCUUUCAUGGGCUGGUUGAAACAUCCAUUGCCAUUCCUCUAGUCAUGGGUUUCUAGGAUGAAUUUAAAUAGAGGUAUUUCAGAAUAUUGAGACAGAGACUAACGUGAGCUGUUGGACUCGCCAUCGACUCGCCAUCGAGGUGUGUUGGUAUUUGGAGGCGCCGUAACGGAUGGAUGAAAGCAUGGAUAGGUGGAUGGAUGAGUGAAAGCAGGCAUGUGAUGUUACUGUUGCGUUGUGUUCACUUGUCUUGUGUCCUGUGUGUCUAUGGUUCCUCUUGUCUCCUUAAUGUAUUGUCACACAAUUUGUUCCAAGUAUGUUGAAUUACUACUGUGUAUUCUGGUUAAGCAGACUGACUGUUCUUUCUGUGAAAGAUCCAUAUGAACAAAGUGAUUUUGUCUUAUAUCUUGGUUGUAUGUCUUGGUUGUCUGUCCUAUUUGGUUUUGUUUCUAAGAUGUAAAGAAUCCAUUACUCUAGCACUGUGUCAUGUUGUAUAGGUAAAUAAUCUGGUUUUAAAAAAAUAACUGUAUAUUGAAAAUAAUUAUUUCAAUAAAUGCUAAAAUGAUUGUU